AUGAAUUACCAGGAAAUUGGAAACCAUACCAGAGUGACUGAGUUCAUUCUUGUGGGACUGUCUAGGAAUCCCACAUCCCAGAGUGUUCUGUUCUGGGUAUUGAUGUUUCUCUACGUAAUAACUUUGGCAGGAAAUAGUAUGAUCAUCUUCCUGGUAGGGAUCAACUCUCAGCUGCACACCCCAAUGUAUUUCUUUCUUGGAAAUUUGUCUUUACUGGAUCUUCUGUUUUCAACCAGUGCUGUUCCCUUGGUCAUGGUGAACUCACUGCAGAACUUCUCUACCAUCUCCUACAGCUCUUGUUUUGCUCAGCUUGCCAUCCAAGCCUUUUUGGCACUGGCUGAAUGUUUUCUUCUUGCCAUUAUGGCUUAUGACCGAUUUGUGGCUAUUUCAGAUCCUCUCAGGUAUAACCUGGUCAUGUCUUCUCAAGUAUGCAUUUCAAUGGCUUUGGUUGCCUGGAUGGCAGCCCUCCUGCUCACUCUUAUACCCAUUCUGCUCUUUCCGAUCAGUUUCUGUGGACAUAACACAGUUAAUCACUUUUCCUGUGAGGUUCAAGCCAUCUUUAAAUUGCUCUGUUCCAAUACCAUUUCCCUAGAGAUUAUGAUGGUGGCAUGUGCUGUCAUUUCAAUGCCAGUACCUUUAAUUUUGAUUCUUAUCUCUUACCUUUGUAUCCUUCGGGCUGUCUUAAGGAUCCGCCCCAUUGAGGCCCAACUUAAAGCCUUUUCCACAUGUGGCUCUCACCUGAUGGUGGUUACCGUCUUCUUCGGAACACUAAUAUAUAUUUAUGUGAGACCCCAGAGCAAAAAGUCCCAAGAUGAGGACAAAAUUGUCUCUAUAUUUUAUGCAGCAGUGACCCCAAUGUUAAAUCCACUCAUCUACACUUUGAGAAACAAGGAUGUGAAAGCUGCUAUCAGGAAAGUAACUUGUAGGGUCAAGUCCUAG